GGUUCACACCACCGACACCGCUGCAUUUGGGUACUGCGAGGUAACCCGAACCCUAGAAUUGUUGUCGAUGGAUAUUGUUGCGUCCUAAGACACAGGCUCGUUAAUCUGUUCAUAUGUCUUGGAUCGAAGGUCUCGCCUUUCCUCCUGUUUUCCCCUGUUCUCGUUACAUUUCGGAAUGGGAUAAGUCGAAUCUUGGUUUGCCUUUUGCGUGGGAUCUGUCGAAUUGAUUGGUGUUGUGAAUGAGUUAUCACCGAGAAUAAUUACGAUUUAGGAAUUUAAGUGCUUCGAGUUCUCGUUGAUCAACUAGUGUUGUGAUUUGAGCUUUCUUGGAUGAUUUGUUGUCUGAAUUAUGGGGGUUCAUAACUCAGAUUUUAUCAUAGUAUGAGUUGUAGAACGACGAGAAGACCUUUGAAUACACGUUAUUUGUUCGAUUAAGAAACGGUUCCAGAAUGAAUUGCUAUUUGCAGCUAUUGGUUCCUUUGCGAUGUUAUUGUUGCUAACAUUUUUUUUUUUUUGCUAAAGAUGCAAUUUUGUAUCCAUUUAUUGAAACGGCCACACCUCUGGCGCUGCAUUUGUGGCCGUCGCGGAAUAUACGGAACGUUAAAAAAGCAGAAGAUAUCAGGAUAAAUAAUGGAAUUCUCUGAAUUCACCAAAGUUAUGAAUUUGAGAAGAGACUAUCAAAGCAACAGAGCUGCUCUGUUUGAUAGCAUUGAGGAGGGUGGCAUUCGGGCCUCAUCUUAAUCCUCUCAUGAAAUUGCUGAGUAUGACUAAGAUAAAUAUAUUGAUGGGUUGCAAGAUAGAGUGAAUUUUUAAAAAAGAGUAGGUCAUUUACAAUAUUUUAUUUGAUUUUUUGGUAAAUAUUUCCUGACUCAUUAUAUUUUAUCAAGUCCUACUCAAAUUUCUCUUGAUAGAACUGUUGGACCUGUUGUUUAUCUUGUAAAUAUAUUUCAUAGAUAUUGUGAUUGAUAUUAGAACAAACAUCUUUCUUAAGAUUGGAAGCUUCUUGAUGGACCUGUGCUUUUUUUGGUUUUGUGAUGUGUUUGAGCUGUUACUUCUUCACUGCCACUGGUGACAGUUCUUUUUUUGUUGGGUGAGGACCGGUGACAGUUAUUUUAGUUGAUGCUUGGGUUUAAACUUGACACCCCAGCUUCAGUCAUAUUUUUAUGAUCUACCUGGUCAUGUUCUUCCAGAUUAUUAGAAUUUUGCUUUUGAUGAUGAAUGUGUAAAAUAUUCUUCUUUAGAGCUGUUCCAUAUGGACUGAUAAGAGAUACUCUGCUGUUUCUUUGUCCAGAGAUACCUAUUUAAUGCUAUAAUGUUUGAUCUUCAGAACUCUGAGCCCUGCUAAGGAGUCAUGCUUCAUAUUACCCAGUUGAAGACCUUAAUAUUGGUGGCAUAUCUUUGGUCAAUAUGCAAAUGUUACACUCUAUGAUUAGAUCUUGUUUUUUUUCAAGAUCACCCUAAAUAUUUUGCCCUUCUCAUUAUUUCUAAAAUUGUCACAAAUUUACUUAAAAAGUUUUAUUUAGCUAUCUAAAGAGAAAAUAUCUUCUAAUUUUCCAGUUUGUGUAUCCUUUUCUUAUUUUCAUUUAAUUGCAUCUCUUUUAUUUGAGUUUGGUAAUUCAAUUAGUUUUUCAUCUUCUGAAACAUCAGCAGUUUAACAGAGAAAUUAUGCCUUUGUCAUUUAUUUUUAUUGCAACAAUCAUCUCAAUCAUUUCCUUUUUUUUGUGACACAGUUGAUGCCUAUUUAUCUAUCUUAACAUGCAGCGAUAAGGAAUUUAAUUAUCUUAGAAAACUUGGAUAUUUGUUGAUAUUACAUUUUAGUUAUUAUGAUCAUCUUGGUGUGAAGUUGAUGGGAAAUACAUGAAGAAGUCGAGAUCCAUAAUCAUGCCUUGGACCAAAUGGUAUGUGCAGGGCACAUGGGGGCUUCUCACUCUCUUGUUCUUUCUCUAGCAAAGUAUCCAAUUGUGAUUUCUUGGUGUUGGUUUUAGGGUCAUGACAUGGAUACUUCCAGCGGAGUCCUUUCUGGAACAGUUGAUCGAUUCAAGAUGGGGGCGUGGAAGAGAUGGGCUGUUCUUGAAGUGAAUGGAGUUGAAAGCAGCAGAGUCUGAGUGCGUUGAGACUCGAUCUCUCACGAGCAUCUCUGGUGGAGGAUUGGGACGACGAGGCUUGAGACAGGGACGUGCUUCCCACCUUCCCAUGCGCACGCGGCCCUACACGCGAGCAAUGAGACCGAAAGAAGAGGAAAAGGGCAAACUCCCGUUUCUGCCCUCCUCUGUGUGAGAAGAUCGGCGUGGAAUUCUGUUUUAGGUAGUAGAUGUUGAAGGUUCUUCUUGCCUCCUUCCUUGUCCAUCAUGUAGACCAAACCCAAUUCCCUCAUCCCUCUCCCUCGCCUCUUCCGGUGGAUGACAUACAAACUGACUCCGAGCUGCUUCCUCUUGCUCCCACCUUCCUUCUCAAUCUUCUCCAAAGAAGAAGCUUCUCUCAGUUUGCGUCCCUUCUAGUAUGGUGUACAGAUGAGUGGAAGAGAUAGAAGCAGCAGCAGGAAAAGAGGAGUCGAAGGAGAGAGAGACUUUCCUUCGUCUUCUCCAAAGAAGAAGCUUCUCUCAAGUUUGCGUCUCUUCUAGUAUAGUAUACAGAGAAGAGGAAGAGAUAGAAGGAAAAGGGAGAUAGAGAGAGAGAGAGGGAAAGAGAGAAUUUGUUAAAUCUUCAGAAGCUUUUCUCAGUUUGCCUCUCUUCUAGUAUAUUGUACACAGAAGUGGAACGCAUAAAAGCAGUAGGAAGAGAGAGAGAGAGAGAGAGAGAGAGAGAGAGAGAGAGAGAGAGAGAGUUGUAGGUUGGUAGAUCUGGUGCUUUAAGCUGACAAGAUGUCGAACCCCUGGUGGGCGGGGAACCUGGGACUUCCCAGAGUUGAACCGGCGUCCUCCGGUCGCAAAAAGCUGGAGGACGAGAUGCAGCCCAAGGGAACCGAGCCCUUCGGCUCCCGAGCAGACGACGAGGACGACCGCGACAACAACGACGACCCCAAAGAGGGGGCGGUGGAGGUCGGCAGCCGCCGCCCCCGCGGGCGCCCCCCUGGAUCAAAGAACAAGCCGAAGCCGCCGAUCUUCAUCACCCGCGACAGCCCCAACGCGCUCCGCAGCCACGUGAUGGAGGUGGCCGCCGGGGCCGACGUAGCCGACUGCAUCGCGCAGUUCGCGCGCCGCCGGCAGUGCGGCGUCAGCGUGCUCAGCGGCGCCGGUGCAGUCGCCAACGUCACGCUCCGCCAGCCCGCCGCACCCGGCUCCGUCGUCGCCCUGCAUGGCCGCUUCGAGAUCCUGUCGCUCACUGGCACGUUCCUGCCGGGUCCAGCCCCGCCGGGGACCAGCGGCCUGGCCGUCUACCUCGCCGGCGGUCAGGGCCAGGUGGUCGGCGGCACCGUCGUGGGGUCGCUCAUCGCGACGGGGCCUGUCAUGGUGGUCGCCGCCACGUUCGCCACCGCUACCUACGAGAGGCUGCCACUCGAGGAGGAAGACGAAGCCGCAGGCGCCAACGCCGGAUUGCCGAGCUCACUCACGGGUGGGUUGCCCGAUCCAUCGUUGCUCAACAUGUACAGCUUGCCGCCGAAUCUAAUGCCCAACGGCGGGCAGCUCGGCCACGACGCCCUCGCGUGGGCUCAUGCGCGCCCCCCGCCAUACUAGUUUAGCAGGAGGACGACGAAAGAGAAGCUUCUCUUUGCUUCCAUGGUGUAUGACGGUAUUCCUUGGAGCUUUUGGCUUCUGUUUCCUCGGAUGUGGUGGCGUGCAACGAUGGUGUUGGUGGCAGCUUAGAUGCCCUUAUUAGCUUAGCAUAGCCUACAAUUACGUUGUACCAUAGCUAAUAAGCAGGAGAGAUUGGGAAAGCUGGAAGAACAGCUGCUGCUGCUGCUGCUGCUUCAAGGUCUGUCUCGAGCAACUCUUUGAUUAAGCUAUGAAACCAUGGUGGAUGCCACCAUUGUAUAGUUUGAUAUGCAAAACAGGAAUCACUUGAGAA